CCUCUGAGCUGUUCUCCUCUUCCUCCUCCGAAAUCAAAAUAAUCCACCAUUCCAAUUUCCAUUCAGUUUCUCAUUUUACUAGAAAACAUAACUAUUUCCAUGGCGUCGCCACCGUUUUCUGUCAUCUUCGGUCACCAGAAUCUCACAUUUUCAUGGUCAUUGCUUCUCUUCCUACUACCACCACUAAUACUUUCACCUUCUCUCGUAUUCGCCUCACCUUGCCGUAAUUCCUGCGGCAACAUUCCGAUUAAAUACCCCUUCGGAAUCGACGACGGCUGCGGAGCACCUCAAUUUCGUCGCAUGUUCAAUUGCUCCAACGAUCUUUUUUUCCUCACUCCUUCCGGUAGCUAUAAAGUACAAUCCAUCGAUUACGACAAACAAUCCAUGGUGAUCUACGAUCCAGCAAUGUCUACCUGCUCAAUCCUCCAACCGCAUCACGAUUUCAUCAUGACGGACAUUCAAUCAAUCAUAAUUCCGCCAUCGCCAGACACAGUCUUCGCUCUCCUCAACUGCUCGAUCGAUUCUCCGAUCCUCAACCACUACAAGUACCUCUGCUUCAAUUUCUCCGGCCAUUCAUGCGACGAACUGUACGGAAGUUGCAACGCGUUCAGAGUGUUCCAUUUGUUGGCGAACAGUACAUCGCCGCCAUGCUGUUUUACGGGAUACGAUACGGUGAAGAUGAUGAGUAUGAACAUUUUGGAUUGUACGCAUUACACGACGGUGUUGAAUACGGAGAAUCUGAAGGGAGUAGGGGCUUUGGAUUGGGAAUAUGGAAUGAAAUUGAGCUUUUCGGUUGCGGAUUUGGGAUGUGAUCGUUGUUCGAAAUCGGGAGGAAAUUGUGGAUUUGAUACGGAAACGGAAGGAUUGUUGUGCCUUUGCUCCGUUUCUUCUAAUCAUACUAGAGAUUGCGUUGGCGGAAACAUACCGAAUGGAGGACCAAAUCAAGCAUCGGUAUUAUUCAUCGGAGAAUUCUUAUUUCUCUUAUUAGCCAUUCUUCAUCUUAACUUUAAGUCUCUGACCUAUUAUUGAAAUAUAUUAUUAGGAAAAAAGAACUUGAUCGGCUGAAGUUUGUACUUAUUUGAUCUCUAAGUCAUUGAGAGUAUAUCUAAUAUAUCUUUGAUUAUUCAGUUUUGUAUUUAAUUGACAGAUAAAUAUCUAUUUAAGUGCCUAUUUUGCAAUUAAUGUUA